AUGGUAGCUGCUCAGUCGAUCAAGAGAAUAGCCGGCGGGGUUGAGGAGAAUGAGACUGUGUCAUUCGAAGCACAACCGUAUGCGUUUCGGAUUAAUCCUUCAGCGACUGCACUUGUGAUCAUUGAUAUGCAACGCGACUUCCUGCUGAAGGGUGGCUUUGGUUACAUACAGGCAGGGGAUGCCGGAGUGGCAAAAGUACAGGCCACUAUUAAACCGACACUGGCGGUUUUGCGCAUGUUUCGCGAGCGUGGAAUCCAUGUCAUCCAUACACGUGAAGGCCACCGACCCGAUUUGCGAGAUUUACCUACACCAAAAUUGUUGAGGCAGGCUCGCGCUCCCAAUACUCGUCACUCGAUGGUCAUUGGAGAUGUUGGUCCAAUGGGAAGACUCCUCACGAGAGGGGAAUAUGGCCAUGAUAUCGUUGACGAGCUGCAGCCAGUGGCGGGAGAGUAUGUUGUCGAUAAGCCAGGGAAGGGCAGUUUUUUCUCUACUACACUACACGAGCAUCUAGUUGAUCGAGGCAUCACACAUUUAAUCGUGGCCGGUGUCACUGUGGAAUGCUGCGUGACCACCACAGUUCGAGAAGCCAAUGACCGAGGAUUGGACGCUUGUAUCCUUAGCGACUGUACAGAUGGAUUUGUACCAACCUUCAAAUCUGCAUCGCUAGACAUGAUCCAUUUUUCGGAAGGGUUAUUUGGAUUUGUUAGCGAAUCACAACCACUGCUCGCCGCCCUAUCCUCACUUCCAGCUCGUUCUGGCAAAUCAGCAUCUGAAUGGAAUGGCUCAAUGAACAUAAGAUCGCUGAAAAAUGCAUAUUUGGGCGGCCUUUCUCCAGUAACAGUGGUAAAGCGCGUCCUCGAAAAGAUUAACGCAGAUAGAUCGCAAAAUCCGGCCGUUUGGCUCAACCUUGCAUCGACCGACGACCUAUUGCGCAGAGCUGAGAGUUUAGAACAAUCCGCAGACCGCCAUCUACCUCUAUUCGGUAUACCUUUCGCCGUCAAAGAUAACAUUGAUGUUUCCGGACUCCCUACCACGGCAGCAUGUCCAGAGUUUGAAUAUGUCCCUGAAAAAUCAGCUUUUAUCGUAACAAAACUCGAAGCUGCCGGAGCGAUAGUCAUUGGUAAAACGAAUCUGGAUCAAUUUGCAACAGGGCUUGUUGGCACCAGAUCACCAUAUGGUGCGUGUCAUUGUGCUUUUGAUUCUACGCGAGUCUCGGGUGGUUCUAGUUCGGGUUCGGCCGUGGCCGUCGCCUUGGGUCAAGUCUCUUUCGCCCUUGGAACGGAUACAGCAGGGUCAGGUCGCAUCCCAGCCUCGUUCAAUGACAUUGUCGGACUUAAACCUACCAAGGGGACAGUAUCUACAACCGGAGUCAUCCCCGCAUGCAGGACGCUCGACUGUGUCUCUUUCUUCGCCAGCACCAUUUCAGAUGCAAGAAGCGCAUGGCUUGCCGCCAAGGAACACGAUCCUGAAGACCCUUAUUCCAGAAGCUCGCCAUCACUGGCAUCUUUGAAUAGUAGAUCACUUCUACACGAAGAGUCGACAUAUACCGUUUCGUUUCCCCCUGAAGAUAUACUGAAGAGCACACUUUGCCCUGCAUAUCACGAACAGUUUGCUAAAGUCCUUUCGCUUGUUCGGGGUCUGGUCAAUGUCGAUGAGGUCAACUUUGACUGGUUAUCAUACCUCUCCGCUUCCGAUUUGUUGUACAAAAGUGCUUUUGUCGCCGAGAGAACCGCUGCACUGCAGGAAGUGUUGAGCAGCAAAGCAAAGAAGAUAACUUUGCAUCCGGUAACACAGAAAGUUCUUGAUUUGGCAAGCUCCAUGUCAGCAACUGAUGCAUUCCGUGAUAUUUACGAAGCUCAGCGGCUAUCUAGCGCCAUCGAAGGUGAGUUCGACAAGUGUGACAUCCUCGUUGUACCCACUGCUCCAAACCAUCCAACCAUAGCAGAGGUAGAGCAAGAUCCGAUCGGUCCCAACUUGAAACUGGGUAUCUUUGCAAGUGCAGUCAAUGUUCUUGACCUAACUGCCGUUGCUAUUCCAGCCGGUCAUAUUGAGGGUUUGCCAUUCGGUAUAUCGAUCAUUGCUCCUGCGUACAGAGAGGGUGUCAUUCUCGAAGUGGCGCAAAGGAUCCAAGCGCGAUUGAAACACUUUGUACUAUGA